AUGAAAAGAUAAAAAUAAUUUGAAUUCAACUUCACAGAAAAAAUAACAUAGCAUCAUCAACCCUUAAGAAUGAGUCCAAGUUUUCGUAUUAAAUUUUACAGCCCUAUAAAAGUUUAAAAGAUUAAAUUGAAUUAUUAAAAGGAUAUAAAAGUAUAUUAAAGUCAUUGUUUUGGUCAGUUUAUUGAUACUUAUCAUAUCCCAACAAUACAUACUUAAAGGGCGUAAUUUUAAUAAUAUUAUAAUAUUAGAGCAAGUUAAAAAAAAGCCUAUAUGUACUCUAGAUAACAAACUCCAAACUAUUCUUAGAUUAAUUAAAAAGAUUCUGAUAUUGAGAAUAAUAAAUUUUUAGAGUCCUCUAGAAUAAUUAGACUAAAAAAAUAAAUUAGAAUUAUUGAUAAUAUGUAAUGA